ACUCGGAUAUGAAGUGAUUCCUAGAGAGCGUCUCAUUUUUCUUCAGAUAAAAUAUCAACUUUUUCCAUUCUCUUCAUGGCAACAUCCGUAGACAACAGCCGGUUUACACGUCUUCAACCCACCGUUAACGACGUUGUUCUUACCUUCAAAUCGGCUCUCAACAACUACCGGCCGUCACUCGACUCGACUGUCGUGACGGCAGAAGACUCUUCGAGCGAGGAUGAAGAUGGGAACGAUUUCAGAGAAUUGGUAGAGAAAGGUAACGGCGAAGUGGAGCAGUCGACGUUGGAUCCGCAAGACGCAGCGACGGCGGAUAGUUGGGUAGAGCGCAACCCGGCCAUGGUCCGGCUCACGGGGAAGCACCCAUUCAACUCGGAACCGCCACUGACCAGGCUUAUGCACCACGGGUUCAUCACCCCGGUGCCACUUCACUACGUGCGCAACCACGGGCCGGUGCCCAAGGCCAGGUGGGAGGACUGGACCAUCGAGGUCUGCGGACUCGUCAAGCGACCCAGCCGGUUCACCAUGGACGAACUCGUCACUGAGUUCAAGAGCCGGGAGUUCCCGGUCACGCUGGUCUGCGCUGGAAACAGACGGAAAGAGCAGAACAUGGUGAAGAAGAGCAUUGGAUUCAACUGGGGCGCCGCAGGGAUCUCCACUUCGGUGUGGCGAGGUGUACUCUUAUGCCAUGUGCUCAAGCGGUGUGGGAUCUUGAGCCGCAAACGUGGGGCACUCAAUGUGUGCUUCGAAGGGGUUGAGGACUUGCCAGGUGGCGGUGGGUCCAAGUAUGGGACCAGUAUCAAGUACGAGAUCGCCAUGGAUCCGUCGCGGGACAUCAUGUUGGCGUACAUGCAAAACGGUGCGCAAUUGACGCCGGACCACGGAUUCCCAGUGAGGAUGAUCGUUCCGGGAUUCAUAGGCGGGCGAAUGGUGAAAUGGCUGAAGAGGAUUAUUGUGACGACCCGAGAAUCCGAUAGUUACUACCAUUACAACGACAACAGAGUACUUCCUUCACACGUUGAUGCAGAGCUAGCGAACGCCGAAGCUUGGUGGUAUAAGCCCGAGUACAUUAUUAACGAGCUGAACAUAAACUCUGUGAUGACGACGCCAUGCCACGAGGAGAUCUUGCCCAUAAACUCGUGGACAACGCAGAAGCCAUACACUUUGAGGGGCUAUGCAUAUUCUGGAGGUGGGAGAAAAGUGACUCGUGUCGAGGUGACUAUGGACGGUGGAGAGACAUGGCGGGUGUGCGCUAUGGACCACCAGGAGAAGCCGAACAAGUACGGCAAAUAUUGGUGCUGGUGCUUCUGGUCGUUGGAGGUGGAGGUGCUGGACCUGCUUGGAACCAAGGAGAUUGCCGUUCGAGCCUGGGAUGAGGCCCUCAACACUCAGCCCGAGAAGCUAAUUUGGAAUGUCAUGGGAAUGAUGAACAACUGCUGGUUCCGGGUUAAAACAAAUGUGUGCAAGCCACACAAGGGGGAGAUUGGAAUCGUGUUUGAGCACCCAACUCUUCCCGGAAACCUGUCCGGUGGAUGGAUGGCCAAAGAAAAGCACCUCGAGAAAUCAUCCGAAGCAAACCCAUCCCUCAAGAAGAGCGUCUCAUCACCCUUCAUGAACACUUCCUCAAACUUGUACCCACUGUCUGAGGUUAAAAAGCACAGCUCGGCCGAUUCAGCUUGGAUCAUUGUCGACGGCCACAUUUAUGAUUGCACCCGGUUCCUCAGUGAUCACCCCGGUGGUACCGACAGCAUUCUCAUCAAUGCCGGUACUGACUGCACCGAAGAGUUUGACGCAAUUCACUCCGACAAGGCCAAGAAAUUGCUCGAGGAGUAUCGAAUAGGCGAGCUGAUCACGACGGGUUAUGCUUCCGACUCGAACACCUCGUCGCCCAACAGCUCAGUGCAUGGCGCGUCGAAUACAUCCCACCUUGCUCCCAUCAAAGAGACUGCGCCACUAAGAAGUGUGGCGCUCAUCCCGCGUCAGAAAAUCCAAUGCAAGCUCCUGGAUAAAAGAUCAAUAUCCCAUGACGUACGGCUCUUCCGGUUUGGAUUACCAUCCGAUGGCCAGGUCUUGGGUUUACCGGUAGGGAAGCAUAUAUUUUUGUGCGCAACCAUAGACGAGAAGCUGUGCAUGCGAGCUUACACUCCAACGAGCACCGUCGAUGUAGUCGGCUACUUUGAUCUGGUGAUUAAGAUUUACUUCAAAAAGGUGCAUCCAAGGUUCCCUAAUGGAGGGCUCAUGUCACAGUACCUAGACUCACUUCCUCUAGGUUCGGUUCUAGACGUGAAGGGUCCAUUGGGUCACAUAGAAUAUACUGGCCGCGGCAAUUUUUUAGUACAUGGAAAACAUAAGUCUGCCAAGAAGCUAGCCAUGCUAGCAGGUGGGACAGGGAUCACACCCAUAUAUCAAGUGGUUCAGGCCAUUCUUAAGGACCCAGAGGACGAGACAGAAAUGUAUGUGGUCUACGCGAAUCGCACCGAAGAGGAUAUCUUGCUUAGAGAAGAGCUUGAUGCUUGGGCUGAGAAAUAUGACAGAUUAAAGGUGUGGUACGUGGUGCAAGAAUCUAUAAAGGAAGGAUGGCAGUACAGUCUGGGAGUUAUCACGGAGAGUAUUCUGCGUGAGCACAUCCCAGAAGGAACAGAGGAUACUUUGGCGUUGGCAUGUGGGCCCCCGCCGAUGAUUCAGUUCGCCGUGCAGCCAAACUUGGAGAAGAUGAAUUAUAAUAUUAAGAAUUCGUUGCUGCUCUUUUAAAGGAUAUUGGAAAAAAAAAAGUUCAGAAGGUGAUGAGCAGCAUGAGCUGAGACGAGGUUGUAUAUACUGCGUGUAAUCCUGCAUUCUUUUUUCCAUUAAAUUGUCUGAAUACGUUUUUAAGGCGGCCGCUUUUCUAUCGGUUACCCUUAACUAAGGAAAGCUUAAGUUGUACCCUUUGCAGAAUUUCUGAUCCAAUGGGGGGUUUCAUGUUGAGUACGAUAUUUUAUGAAAAAGGUAAUAAUUUCAUUGUUUAUUGUCUAA